AUGUGUAAGUUCGGACUCAUAUUGGGUACGAUUCUAAUAAAUAUUUAUUAUAUUCCGCUCGUGGAAUCCGAUUAUAAAUUUGGAUAUUCUCCGUCGAACGAAGAAUUUAUAUCUAAAGAUCUGUCCGGUUUGGGCUUAAAUGUGUACCUGGAAGAGUUUGAUUUCAUACCGAAAGAAGUGUCAACGAGAACAACAAACCCGGAAGUUUGUAAGGCGUCGCUGAAAAGGGAUUUUGAAGACCAUGUUUACGGGCUGUGUGAGCAUUUCAGUUGCGACGUAGGAGUGAUAGCCACAAAGCCGUACGAAAAACGCGUGUAUCCACUGUCGACGGCGCCGAAGGGCAUAAAGCUCCCGAAAACGGAGAACGUGAGUGAGGAGGAGAGAACCAACUGCGAAUUGGCGAAGUUGGCGGCUAGGUGUAGCACGUACCUGAAGUACGCGAACUGUAUUUACUAUAAUUACAUUGCGUCGCUCAAGGUCGGGACAACCCAAAUAACUUUGAGCCCGUCGGUGUCAAGUUUGUACGCAAGGUACCCAAAUAACGCAUUUGUGGACAAAUAUAACGCAGUAGGAGGAGGAGAAAUAGGAUUCCUCUUCAGAGAGUUCUUGCAAAACAUUUGUAGCUUCGUACACAACGCGUGCCCAAAUCUGCAUCCACAGCUUAAAGGAGCAACAGAUUACUUUUUUUCACAGGCGUGCAUUGUGUUUGACACGAUAACGCCUAUAGGCGGAAUUGAGAAGCUGUUCAUAAACUACUCAGAUGAAAGGCAGAAGAUAUCCCUGGAAUCAACAGAUACGGACGAGUUCUAUAAGUAUAGCUCAGUGCAAACAGAUUUGGUUCUAUCGCAGUUUAACAUACCGCUGGAGGAUUCGCUCAUUCCGAUAAAUAAGCUUACUCUGUACCGAGAAAGCCUGUAUAAAAAUCGAUGCGAAAUACUGGAUGAACUAUAUGAGCACAAUAACCGGUUGAAUUUUUAUAAGGAUCCAGGAAAGUAUAGAAUAUAUUCACUCUGCUUUCAACUAGAAAAGUACUACAAAAAGUGCAAUUUGUACGUUAGGGAUAGUGAACAGUUCAAAGUAGAAGUAGCAGUAGAAAUGUCAGAGUCGAAUUGUGAGUCGCUGAUAAAGAAUAAUGAGCUGCUGGCCCUGGUUGACUGGCUGAAAGAGAGUGGCACAAACACCAGAAGUUUUAGCAAAUACAUAUCGGAAAAUGCAGUGAAAUCAGCAGAGUUCAUAUGUGAGCACACGUACUUUGUCUACACAGGAAGAGUUAAGAGGGCGAUAAACCUGUUCAGGGAUAAGGAGAUGAAUUUGGUGGCAUCAACACUAGGAUCGGCCUCGGUGUAUGAAGAUGGGAGGUCGAGCGCGCUGAAGGACGAGUACGAGGAAGUUGAGGGAUACGUAAGGCCAGAGCGUUUCAUGCAGAUUUACAGCCAGUGCUGCCAGAAAGUGGACGCACAGCUAGCCUUCAGUUCAAUAAUGCAGAUCAUUAAGUGCAGCGGUGAUGAUUUUGGAAAACUAAUAGAGAUGCUCGGAAAGGUUAUAAUGAGAUCGGAGAAGGGGACCUCGUCACUGGCAACGAACAGUCUGAUUUCCAUAUUGGGAUACUCAGAGGAAAAUAAGAGUAUACACAUGAGUCCCCUAGUGGAGUUUAUUGAGCUGCUGAGCAACAAGAGACAUGAAGACGACCCGCACGGCGUCGUGAGGUCGUCGUUGAAGGACUUUGCUACGAACGUGAUCCUAAAGUUAAAGCUAGGGGCAUUAAAGGCUGUGGAAUCUGAAGUUUCAGAGGACGAAUGGUGUUUGAAGCUAGGAGAACUGGCGUGCAGGAAUCAGCAGAACCUGCACAACUGGGUGUGCGGACUCUCGCUAAGGCAGUCUGCGCCAGUUUCAGGGCCGCUGGACAGCUCUCCACUGAAUGACGCAGUGUGCAUAUACUCGUUGCUGGAAUCGAGUGGAAGUGUGAUUCCGAAGGCGUACAGCCCGAAGUGCAUGGGACUGAUGACGUUUAAGCUAUCGCACGUGUUUCUGUCGAAUUUGAGGCAGGACGACACUAAGAAACUGCUGAGUAGAAUGGCAAUUGAGUCUGCUGAAAUGGCGACGAAACAUAUGGAGGCGGCUUCUAGGAUGGCUGGAGGAAAGGUGGUUGAUGAUUUGCACAUGCUCCCCUGGCACCCGGCGGGAUACUUGAGCGCGCUACUCAACGAAGAGGAGCUUGAACCGGAGAUGAAUAGAGUUUCAAGCGUGUUUAAAAGGGUUCUUGAGUUGUCGACUCCGAAAAUAAGGCUAAACAUACUGAAGAGUCUCGUGAAAUCAGUGGAUAACGAGUGCGGAAGAUCACUUUGCCUGAUGGAGUGUAAAAAUAUGAGCGUAAACUGGGAGGCUGGAGAAGAAAGCGCAGAAUCACAAAAUCAGCACGGAGACUUCGUCAAAUAUGUCCUGAGCUCGUACUUUGAGCUGCCCAUAAUAACGACCUUGGAAGAUUCCAUGUGUGACUCCCUGUCGGUGCUGCUGAACUGGAUUAAGUACCUCCUGUUGUCCAAAAGUGGGACACAGUUCAAGAAUAUAGUUAAAAAAGAAUAUUUGGACCCUCUGCACAGUUUGUAUAGUAAAAUGAAUGAAAAGGUGUGUGAGAGCAUUCAUUCCCAUACAUCACACACUCGUGGCAUUUUUUUAAACAAAUUCGAGCUAAUAAAGUUUAUGAUGGAAGAUUUGUUUGUUCUAAUCGACAGAGAUGAUUAG